AUGUACAUUCUCGAAUACUCCGAGGAUUUUGGAGGUCCCGAAGAUGACUUCGCAUUCGAGAAGACCACCAUAGUCUACGAAAUGGCUGGCUCUAUCUAUCGGGCAUUUUCACGAAAGCGAUAUCUCUCAAAGGAAGAAAUCCAGUUCGGCGAUAUGUUCAGUACCAAUAAGAUCCAAGGCGCCCUCGUCUUCCCUGAAUUCAAAGACACAUUCACAAAGGCAGAAGGUCUGCCGGAGCAUUUGUCGACGCUGUAUCUAAAGAAGCCAAGCCUAUCCCCUUACAGUCCCAAUUAUCCAGAUCUCAUCCGGGAGACCUGGAUAGCAGAAGUGAAGACCUGUGAGAUUUUAAAGAAGAACCCUCACCCGAAUAUUGCCCAAUACCACGGUUGUGCCGUUGUCAACGACGGCUCGAUUAGAGGCAUCUACUUCACCAAGUACGACCAAACACUCAUGGACAAAGUAAACCCUGCUCGACGCAACAAGUUAGAAUUCGCCUACCAGAGAACUCAGGCCGAUCUAAGCAAGGUCGAUGGUUGGUUGAAGGGGAUUGAACUGGGAUUGAAACAUCUUCAUGGCUUGGGAAUCAUACAUAAUGACAUAAAUCCCUGCAAUAUCAUGUUUCAGGGCGAUAGUCCCGUCAUCAUCGAUUUUGACUCCUCUCGGGCUCAGGGUCAUGAUCUGAGCCUAGUUAAGCGGACUCAUGGCUGGCAUGAUGAGAAAAUUGAAGUUUCUUUGCCGAGCAAUGACACCGAUGCACUUCGGGAAAUGAGAAUGUGGCUUUUGGGAGAAGUGCAGCAAUUCCAAUUUUGA